UUGAUCAUUUUCUCUCCCAUCGGAGUUCACUGAAAACCAACCCUCAAGCAAUGGCCGACCCUCAAGCAAUGGCGAGCACCGAGCCCGAGCACCAGCACAGAGAGGAAGAGGAAGCGCAGGCCGGCGAAGACGAGGACACCGGAGCUCAGGUCGCUCCCAUCGUCAAGCUCGAGGAGGUCGCCGUCACCACCGGCGAAGAAGACGAAGACGCCAUCCUCGAUCUAAAAGCGAAGCUGUAUCGAUUCGAUAAAGAUGGGAGCCAAUGGAAGGAGAGAGGCGCUGGGACUGUGAAGCUCUUGAAGCACAAGGAGACUGGCAAGGUCCGGCUCGUCAUGCGACAAUCCAAAACCCUGAAGAUCUGCGCCAAUCAUCUAGUUUUUCCUACCAUGACUGUUCAGGAACACUCGGGCAAUGAUAAAUCGUGCGUUUGGCAUGCGACUGAUUUCGCUGAUGGGGAACUAAAGGACGAGCUUUUCUGUAUCAGAUUCGGAUCAGUUGAGAAUUGCAAAACCUUCAUGGAAAAGUUCCAGGAAGUUGCUGAAUCCCAAAAGAAGAAAGAGGAAAACAAGGAUGCUAGUGCAGCUGCCGGACUUCUUGAGAAGUUGAGUGUUGAAGAAAAGAAAACUGGAGAUAAAGCUGGGGAAGAGGUGGCUGCUGCUUCUGAGGGGGAGAAAGAAACUAAAUCCGACGGAAAACCUGAUGCAGAUAAGAAAACCGAGCCUUCUUCCUCAGCUUGAGGGGUUUCGACGUGUUCAUUGCUCAUUUUACAUUAGCGACACGAGGAGGAAGAUUUCGGACCUCUUGCGCUGCCCAUCAGUUGCUUAUCUUCAUUCUGGUGAGAAUCUUGGGGUUUUCUUCGUGGGCUGGAAUGCAGUUGGUCGGUCCUUUGAUUUCUUGGUCUGUCGGGGAUCGGAUGGAUUCAUGUUUUCAUGUUGAGGGAUGUUUGUCCAGUUCGGUUGUGCCAAAUGUCCUACUAGGGUUUCUUCAUACUAUUUAUUAUCUUUUUUGUGUUGUUACAGUCGGUCGGUAGGUCAUGGUCGUCAAAUAGUGCACAAAAAUGCCUUUGUUAUUAGCAGAGUAAUGUUGUGAGAUACUAAAUGAUUUUGUGCAGUCAGAAUUUGUCAUUUUGUUAA